AUAUCUCUGAGGAAUUAGAAUCCAAAUACUGGGUAGUGAUUAGCGAUUCAGCGAAGGUGGUAAACGACGUUGUGCAACAGACAAAAUUCUGGUUUUGAGGAAAGUUGCAGGCACGGGUAAUGGUGUUGGCCUUGGCAAUGGAGUCAGUUUCUGUUAGUCACACAAUCUUUGCAACGAAUCAAAGGAACCCCCUCAGAAUUUCACCACCACUACAUGUAGGAAGAAAGUUUCACUUCCGAACUGCUCGUUGUCGCUUUGGUUUCAUGUCUUGUUCCAAGAAAUCUGAUUUCCAAGAUUUUCAGGGCUUUGCAAAACCUUCACAUCUUUUACCAUCCGCAGAACCUAAAGUCUGUACAGAGACCUUGGGAGAAAAUUUUUUUUCAUCUACCAGCUUGAAUGGAGCACGGUCUUUUUACAAGGUUAGGUUGCAAACAAGUAGCAUGUAUGGCUCAAGUUUGAGUAAUAUAAAUGCUGGAAUACUCUUGUGUUUGAUAGAUGAGAGAGGUGACUCAAUAUUGCAGAGGAUACCUGCAUAUUUGUUAAUUGAACAUCCGGCAAAGUCAGAGAACGUUACGGAGCCUGAAACUCUCUAUUUCCAAAGAGGUUCAGUUGAUGAAUUUGUCUUUGAGGGACCGAACUUGGGGAAGGUUGAAGCUCUUUGGAUCAGUCUUGAAUCAGGUCAGUGGAGAUUAGGAGGUGUCAGCCUGAUCAUCCUUAAUGCAUCCCAACCUUCCUUAGGGGAAGAUUAUGGGGAAAAUGCUGAAUUUAUUGGUUCUAAAUAUGACUUCAAAGUUGAUGAGAUCUUGCUUGGAGAGGGUGGUGAUGAGUCCAUGGUGGAACUAAGACCUUGCCUUGUUACUGAGUUAUCUGGGUCUAAUCUCUUCAAAAUGUUUAGCAAGGGCUUCUCUCAACCAACUUUACCCUUGAGUGACCAGAUAUCUAAUGAGAAAAGUAUGAAGGAAUAUGCAGAUUUGAAGUUCUCUUUGUUACUAUAUGAUGCUGUUCUUAUAUUUGUUGGUACAACGUUUGCAUCCUUCUCAAUUGGGAAAAGUUCUGCUCUCGCAUUCUUACUCGGUGGGAUCAGUGGUUUUCUAUAUUUGUUGCUAUUGCAAAGGUCUGUAGAUGGAUUACCAGCUUCAGAAUUGAUCUCCAAGAAUCCUGGAGAUCAAAUGGUCAGAUUUAGGAGUCCACUUUCAAUCCUGGCACUGGGUGUGGCACUUUCUUUAUUAACAGUUAAGUAUAGCAUGGGGGAUAUUCCAUUUGUGUUGACUCCGAAAGAACUCUUGGUUGGAAUGAUAGGAUUUCUUGUAUGCAAAGUUGCAGUGGUUUUGGCUGCAUUUAAACCCCUGCCUGUGAGUAUCGAGGAGAGGGAGUGACGUAUCUUAUUUCAUUCCCUUCUGGGAAGUAUUGGUUACCUAAAUUAUACAAAUUACCCAAAUGAAGAUGUGGCAGGUGCUCUAUAGAUGCCCGUUACCUUUAACUGAAAUGAUGGGAGGAAUACCUUCAUAGUUCCAUAUCACUCUUCUCUACAGAAACGACAUAAUAGUGCAGAACUUGCUUUGUUCUCUGGGUCUAUUAUAUCAUUAUAUGCCACUCAUAUACUUGGUAGUCAACUCAUGUCUUAUUUCCUUGGUCAUUUGCUUUCGAAUACGCCGUCUGAUUGUUGGAAAACAGAGGGCCAUAAAUGGAACAGAACCUAAGAUUUUAAAGGCCAUACUAGAUAAUCAAAACUUCAAGUUGAUGUCAUUUGCCUCCUUUAGAGGUUCUUAUACAAUCACAAUUAAUAAGCAUCUUGCUGAUAAGAAUGCGUUCUCCGGGAAAAGGACAAUUACCAACCUGUCGGAUUACAAAUACUCAUUUUGCAGGUGGCUCUUUGUUAAUUAAAUGAUUGACGUUCAAAGCCCAGGGGGUCUACGCCCUACGGGCAGAUGACCAGAAAUCGGGCCUUGUUAUGGCCUCUCUUUUCCGAAGAGCAGGCUUCUCGUCGAAUUCUUCCUACCCCGAAACAAAGAGAAAAGAAAUUUAGUCGCCUGGCAGAGAUAUUUUUUGAUUUCGUUUCUGAAUUUGACAAGGAGUUACGUCGUCCUGUUGAGGCAGAUCACUCGUCACAAGAGCAUCAUCAUAAAGUAAAGCCUAGCAGCACCAUAGCUACGGCUCACAUAUGCUAAAUAUCAAUACAAAAUCA